UAAUAUUUCUGGAUCUCCCAAAAGUACACUUCCCUUGUACCCAAAAUCGCGAAACCCAUUCUCUCUCCUCUCUCUCUCUCUCUCUCUCUCUCUCUCUCUCUCCCCUUCCUAAACCCACAAGCCUCAAGGCUUUAAUCUUGUUCGGAAGAUCUGGAGAUAAAAUCUCUCAAUGGAUGAGCAAAAGGAUAUGGAUUUUGCAUUGGGUAGUGGGUCAGAGUCCACUGUGAGUGUGAGCGGACAUGUGGCUGGUGAAACCCUAGCUGGGGCUGAGGCUUGUGUGAGUGAGGGUCAGGUUGAGGGGUCUUUUGGGGAGGAUGUUGGUGACGAUGAAGGCGGUGAUUGUGAGGGGGAUGAUAUAAUGGUGGAGGUUCUGGGUUCUAAUGUCUAUGUUGGUGGAGUUUGCACUAAUGGGGAUGGGGGCGAUGAGGGGGUGGGACGUGAUGAGUCGGUUGAGGUUGAUAUGGGGUCGGAGGGAAAUGUGAGAUCUUCCGGAGGAGAUGGUGGUAAAGUGGGUGAGCUGGAUUCGGUGGCUGCAGACAUUAGUUCAACAGUUAUAGAAACCCAGGUUGUUCAUUUUGAGGAAGCUGAGAUGGUUGUGAGGCAGGAUGUGGAUUCAGAGGAAGUUAAUGUUUCGGAUGAAAAAGCACAGGAUGCCACAGCAGAAAAUGGACUUGGGGGUUCCUUGAUUGAACCUGUAGGUAGUGAAACACAAGUUGUCGUCAGUGAAGUAGUGAGGGAAAGUGUAGAAGUUUCCGCGGGUGGAUUGGUGGAGGUUGUGGAACAUGAAAAGAAGUUGGUUGUUGGUGAGGUUGAUGCACUCAAUGAUUUGAAGGCACAAAAAGCUGGUGUUUCAGAUGAUGAAGUAUGGAAUCCUGGAAUUGAAAAAGCUACAGUGACUGUUAAUGAAGAAGGUAAUCCCAAACCCUCAAGUGAACAAAGCCAAGUUUCUGCUGGUGGUGAUGAUGUUGCCGGGGUGGACAAUGUAGAUAUUCUGACUUCCAAAGUUGCAGGUAAGGAAACUGGUAAAACUAAUGAAAAUUCGAGUAAUCCAGUAGAAGAACAGCUGGUUAAGAUUGAGCCAGUAGGUGGUAGCACCCAUAGUGGCAGCAAUGUACCUGAAAAUUCAGUGUCUUCUCCUAUGCCGCCUCAAGUAGUUCUUGGAAGUGACACGGGAGCAACAGGUGCACAAGAUUCGGAAAAAAGCCAGUUCUUGAAACCUGAAGAGAGUGUAGAGGACAUGGUUCAUGAUAUUGCUUUGGUUUCAACUACCUUAUCUCUGCCUGCUCAAGUAAUUCCUGGAGGUGUAGUUUCAGUAACAGAUGGAAGGGGCCUUUUGAAUUCUGAAAAAGAACUGCACAUGAAGCCUGAAGAGAGUAUAGGCAAGAACACGUUCCAUGAUACUGUGCUGGUUGAAUCAAAUACAGAGCAAGAGAUGGAAAAGGACAGCCACGGUAAUGGUGCUGAACAGGUUGGCGUGGAUGGAGCAGAUCAAUCCCUGGAGUCUGAAAAGUGUUUAGAAAAGUCUGCGACUGCUUAUGUUGCUCCAAUUCAUCCCGAUAUGGAAGCAGAGGAAGUCAAUGAACAAGUGAGUGAUGCUGAGGGUGUAUUAAAUGGAGGGGAACAGAUAGAAGAUGAAAGGGAUAUUACUCCCAUGGACACUGAGGAGGUUUUGGAUUCUGUGACUGCAGCUGAGACCAAUGUUGUGCAUGAGGUAGGAGUUAAAGAACAAUUUACUGAUGCUGUGCUAGAUGGUUUACACGGAGGGCAAUACAUGGAAGGUGAAAAAGAAGCCACUGAUGCUGAACAACCAAAAGCGGGUGAAGAGGACAUUCUUAAACAAGAAGCUAUCGAAGGAAGCUCAGAAAUUGUGCCUCAACCGAGAUAUGAGCUGCCACCAGAAAAUCAUGUGUUCUCUGCAUCUGAUUUAGUUUGGGGUAAAGUGAAGAGCCAUCCAUGGUGGCCUGGACAGAUAUUUGAUUAUACAGUUGCAUCUGAGAAGGCAAUGAAAUAUCACAAAAAAGAUUGCUUUUUGGUAGCAUAUUUUGGGGACCGUACGUUUGCUUGGAAUGAACCAUCUAGUUUAAGGCCUUUUCGAUCUUACUUUUCCCAGUCAGAAAAGCAAGGUAAUUCAGAAGCGUUCCAGAAUGCUGUCAAUUGUGCACUGGAAGAAGUUUCGAGACGUGUUGGAUUGGGGCUAGCAUGCUCUUGCAUACCAAAAGAAGUCUAUGAGAAGAUGAGGUUCCAGAAAGUUGAAAAUGCUGGGAUCUGCCAAGAAUCCAGUAGAAGAGAUGAAGUGGAUGAAUCGGCAAGUGCCAGUUCUCUUGAAUGUAAUAAAUUACUGGAAUACAUAAAAGCUUUAUCACGGUUUCCGUCUGGUAACAGUGACCGAUUAGAAGUUGUGAUAGCUAAGGCUCAUAUGUUAGCAUUUUAUCGCUUGAAGGGUUACUACAACUUGCCAAAAUUCCAAUCUUGUGGAGAUAUAUUGGAAAACAAAGAUGAAAGGAUUGAGCAUACAACUCCUAAUGGUAAGGAUGUUAAAGGUACUUUCUCUGGCCCCGACAUUAUUACGUAUUCUCACAAGCGUAAACAUAAUUUAAGAGGUGGCGUGUAUUCUAAGGUAAAAGAAAGAAGCCUGUCGGAAUUAAUGGACGGCGGCCUAGAUUCUCUAGACGGCGGUGAUUGGUUGGAUGGGAACGAAACUGAUGGUUUGGUCUCACCAUCCUCUGGCAAGAGACGGAAGGGUUUUGAGUAUCAUGUUGAUGACGAUGGAAGGAAAGUUACCGUUGCAAAAGUUUCUAAUACCACACCUGCCCCAAAGCAGUCUUUUAAGAUUGGUGAAUGUAUCCAGAGAGUUGCAAGCCAACUUACAGGGUCUCCUAUUGUGAAGUCCAACAGUGACAGACCUGCUGGGGAUGGAUCUGCUGUUGCCUUCCAGAGUUCUGGUGAUGUCCAUAGAGGGAAAACAAUUGAUGGAACAGAGUACUCAUCGCUAGAUGAAUUACUGUCACAACUUCAGUCGGCAGCAGAAGAUCCGCGGAAGGAUUACCAUAGCUUGAAAACUGUUGUUAAUUUCUUCUGUGAUUUUAGGAAUUCGGUAGCUGUAGGUCAGCUUCCUGGGAUGGAGCAUGUAGCUGUGGACAAAGUUGGUGGUAGAAAGAGGAAGUCAAAUUCUGCAUUUGGGUUGCCGGAAACUUUUGAAUUUGAUGAUAUGAAUGAUACUUAUUGGACAGACAGGGUAAUCCAAAAUGGCGCUGAAGAGCAAACACCUCGAAGGGGCAGGAAGGUUAAUUAUCAACCUGUUGUUCUUGCCCAACCAGAAAAAUCCCCUCAAGAGGGUCGCAGGCCAUACACCAGGAAGCGGUAUUCCCAAACCGUUAAUGUUUUGCCGCCAGAGAAACCUGUUGGCUAUGUGGAUGAGAAUGCCCCAACAGAACUUGUUAUGAACUUCACUGAGGUGAAUUCUGUUCCCUCAGAAAUAAAGCUAAAUAGAAUGUUUAGGCGCUUUGGACCUCUGAAGGAAGCUGAAACAGAAGUUGAUAGGGAGAGCAGUCGUGCUAGAGUUGUUUUCAAGAAAUGUUCUGAUGCAGAGGUAGCUAUUGAUAGUGCGGGAAAAUUCAAAAUCUUCGGAUCAAUACCUGUAAACUACCAGCUCAAUUAUACUCCAUCUCAGCUCAACUAUACUCCGUCUAUCCAAUUUAGCAUUUCUCCCAGUGCCACAACCCAUGAUCAGGAGAUGCAACUUGUUCUUUCCUCCCAUGAUCAAGAGAUGCACCUUGAUCUCUCCGCCCACGACCAAAUGCAACUUGAUCUUUCCACCCACGACCAUAUGCAACUGGAUAUGCAACUUGAUCUUUCCUCCCAUGACCAGAUGCACCUUGAUCUCUCCACCUUCGAUAACCUGUGAAGUUGUCAGGGAGAGUAAAUGCUGAAGAAGAAAAAAGAGAGAGCAAUCAUAGCGUGCAGGUAUAUAUGCCCUGGGAAGCCCUAGGACGAGCGCAGCUGAAUCGGCUGCUGAAGGAGGUAACCAGACCGUGUAUUCAUCUGGUUGUCGUGAAUUUAAUGUGUGCCAAGGUUCUCGCUGUUUUCUAGUCACGAAGAUGCCUGUUUUUUGCUUCCUUCUGUGCUCUUAUGCAUGUUAGGGUUCUUAGUUUGAACGUAUAGCAGAGGUCGCUGAUCCUUCCUUGAUGGCUGCAAUUGUGGCAUCAUUUUGUAUCGAUGAAUAGGGCCAAAAGAUCAUGUAUGAUUGUGCAUUAUCCCUUGUUGAAUAACGGUGACCGAUAAAUUUUGCGAAAACCAUGCUGAUUGCCGGAGGGUUCUGAGGGUCGUUUUGGCGCUCGGAAACUUGGGAGUUCCAAAUAUUGUGUUGGAAUUCUAAGUUUAAAGCUUGGGGGAAAAAGUAGCAUGCUUUUGCAAUGUGAUGUGUGUGUGAUCCAUGUAUGUGUGCGCCUUCUCUUCCCGUGGUUGCAAAGCAGGAGAUGCACAAAGUCCAUUCACACUUCAUUCCCAUCCGUCGGUAUAAUGUUACCAUCGUGGAGGUUUUUCUCCGGUGCUGGUUAAAUCUUGGUUGAUGUGAGUGAAUUGUCCGGCAAGA